AAAUAGCAAACUUACAUCAGUGUGAAUGAAACAGGAAAUGACCAAACAGGAAGAAGUGUCUAUUUCCUCAUCAGUCAAAGACCACAGACAGACCCAUCAGACUUCGAGCAACUGUUUCACAACAACCACAGAAAUGGAAAUAAACAGAGGGAAAAAGAGAGAGAGAGAGAGAGGAAUAGAUAUAAUAGGGAGUUAGACAAAUAGAGAGACAGAUACCUGUGGGUUAAGAGUUGGGUUUGGGAUUUUUUCAGGGUUUUAAUUGAUAUUGAUUAUUUAUCACAUAAUUGAUCAGCUGAGAGAUGAUCGUGUUUCAGCGCUGUCAGUGGGAGGGACUGUGAAGUUCCUGAAUGUGGGCACAUACCACAGAAAGAGGAAAUGACCAAACCCAAGACAACUGGAGGAAGAGACAUCUAGAAAUUACACAGAUCAAACUUUAAUUUCCACAAAAGUCUCUUAGUAGUGGACUGGAGUUUGAAGUUCGGUUCAGAAUGAACAUCCUCCUCCUCUUCACCUUCCACCUGAUCUCAGGUCCAGUGCACUGCUCUGACGUGAUUGGUUAUCCUGGAGGUCACUUAUUAAUUGACUACAAACGCCAAAAUUAUAACACGUCUACUGUGUAUUUUUGCAAAUUAAAACCACAAGCAGAGUGUGAAUAUUUGAUAACAGUUCAGGGCAGAGGCUCAGCUCAUAAAGACAGAUUUAGUCUGUAUGACUCCGGUGAAUUUAUUACAGUGAUAUUCAGAAAUCUGAGUGUACAGGAUGCUGGAAUGUAUCAGGGUGGAGUGAGGAGUGUGUGGAGUCACGACAUUAACCUGAAAGUGAACAGUGAUCCAUGCUGUAGCAGGACACAAUCAGUAACAGGUUAUCUGGGACAGACGGUGACGAUCAGUUGCUCCUAUCCAGUAGAGUUUGAAACAAACAUCAGGUCCGUCUACAAACUGGACGGUCGCUCCGAACAUGAAGUGAUCCGCACCAGUGGAACACAACAGCAUCAGGAAGGCAGAUUCUCCAUUUCUAAUGACAGGAGGAAUAAAGUGUUCAGUGUGAACAUCAGUGAUGUGAGAGAAGAUGAUGCAGGACUUUAUUCCUGUGCAGUUGGUAAUGAGGCGACUGAAGUCACUUAUCAGUCGCUCUUCACAGCAAUUCAGCUCCAGGUUACUGAUGUAACAAGAGACCCAACAAAGAUUCCAGAUGGCAUACCACACACACCUGAACCUGCAGGUUCCUCACUCAUCAUCAUCAUCAUCAUCAUCGUUGUGUGUGUCUGUGUGAUUGUGCUGCUGAUGGGUGGAUCCGUACUCAUCUACAAGUUGAGAAGCAACAGGACGCAAGAUUCUGCCUCUAUACACCAGCAAACAGAAACAAAUAACAUGACUGCUGAUUAUGAAAAUGAUCCACCUCAGAUUCAGAACACCAUAAUGCAUCCGGUCUACCAAAGCCUAAAUCCCAACACCAACCAAUCAGAUUCAGUCUACCAAAGCCUAAAUCCCAACACCAACCAAUCAGAUUCAGUCUACCAGAGUCUAGACCCUUACACCAACCAAUCAGAUUCAGUCUACCAGAGUCUAGACCCUUACACCAACCAAUCAGAUUCAGUCUACCAGAGUCUAGACCCCAACACUAUCCAGUCAUAUUCAGUCUACCAGAGUCUAGAUUCUAACACCAACCAAUCAGAUUCAGUGUACCAGAGUCUAGAUUUUAACACCAACCAAUCAGAUUCAGUGUACCAGAGUCUAGAUUUUAACACCAACCAAUCAGAUUCAGUGUACCAGACCCUAACCUCCAACACCAAUCAUGUUCAGUCUGCCAGAGUCUAGACCCCAAUACCAACCCAUAAGAUUUAAUUUAUUAGAGCCUAACUCCCAAAACCAACAAAUCAGAUUAAGUUUAGCAGAGCCCAGAUCCCUGUGCUGUCUGAGUGGGAGGUAUGGUGUUACCCCCUCCCCUGACAAUCAGAGUGACACUGACCAAUCAUGUGAAUCUUUGAGCUCCUGUGUGUAUAAGAGCUGCUCAGCUGUCCUGUCAUGUACAGUAGCAUGAGCAGAAGCUGGAAAAGGUACAGUGGCUUAACGUGUAAAUUUCUUUUCACCAUCUUUCAAAAUGUACUGCAGUCUACUCUGUUUUUGUAAUGGAUUGUACUUUAUGUUUUUUAACUAAUUUGUUAAAAUAAAAUCCAUGCCCUCUUAAAUUA